UAUUGUAAUAAAAUAUGUCAAAACGGCCAUUAUAGCGCGUACCAUAGAUUAUACACUUAAUUGGCGCGUACCGAUAUUGUAUUAUUCCAAAAACAUUAAUAUGAAAAACAUAGUUCCUAAUAUGGAAAUGUAAACACUAACUAAUAAAAUAGACGAGUAGGAUAAAAUAAAAACUCCAAAUUAAAACAAAGUCUCAUCAACAUGGACAGCGAUGAAGUAAACAUAUCCCAAGAGAAAAAAAACAAAUUAACUGCCACACAGCUUGCCCGCAUCGAACGGCAACGUCUACGGGCCAGAGCACUGCGUGACUCUCGACCCUUGCUGAGAAAUGAAGAUAAACCCGCACCAGUACCCACUCUUGGAUGCGGAGGUGGAUUCCUGCCAGAAGAGACACACGAGCUGAAUGCAGUGGUUGCGCCUUGCGCUCCCCUCGUGCACCCCGGCCACCAACCCCAUUGUCUUCAUUGCGGACGACCCUUUCCACAAUCUUUCCUCUAUGACAACUUUGACUAUUCAAUUUGUGACGAGUGUAGGGAUACUGAAGGAGAACACGCUCUCAUGACACGCACAGAGGCCAAGAACGAGUACCUUUUGAAGGAUUGCGACUUGGACAGUCGAGAACCCCCUUUGCGAUGUUUGCGACGCCGCAACCCGCACAGCGCUCGGUUCGGCGACAUGCGGUUGUACCUGCGCGCGCAGCUGCAGGAGCGCGCGCUGCAGGUGUGGGGCUCGCACGCGGCGCUGGACGAGGAGCGGGCGCGGCGGGAGGGCGCGCGGGCGGCGGGGGCGGGGCGGCGCGCAGUCCGCCGCCUGCGCGCGCUGCGGAUGGACGUGCGCUCGAGUCUGUACACGCCCCAGCGCGCCGCACACGAGCACGAGUUCGGUCCCGAGACGCACGAUGCCCGCGCCGACGUCUACUCCCGCUCCUGCCUCUCCUGCGGACACACCCAGUCCUAUGAGAAGAUGUGACAUUUUAAAUUGAAAAAAAAGUAUGGAAAAACAAGUGCUACCUUUUAAAAUUAUGUAUUGUACAAAUUGUGAUAGCUGUGAACAUAACAUUGAUUAGUCAAAAAUGGAAUUCAAAAAAAAAAAACAAAAAAAAAAAAUUAAAAUAUUUUGUGAAAAUGGAGCAAAUUACCUGAGUAAAAGAUAAUCUACCCAGGUUUAAGCUAUUAUUAUUCACAGCUCUAAAAUGCAUUCUAGGUUCAAAUCAGGAGAUCUAAUUUGAUUUGACACAGAUACCUAACCACCAGCCUGCUUAUUACUGCCAUAAAGUAGUCAUUCAUUUCGGUUUGGAGGGUGGCCACUUAACAACAGGCUGUUGGAUUGUCCACCGAUCUAAUAUAUUUAGAAUUGUUUUGCCUACCUAAUUGCUGGUCACCUAAAGAAGCUAUUUCAGCCAUGCACGGUUUGGUAGGUGAGCUUACAGGCCUCAACCUGGAAGAACUUGCUAAUUAGCUCUAGCCAGAAUUCCUCUGGCUUUGCUGAAUCUACCACCAUAUCGGAAUCGCAAAAAAAAUUCGGCGAAUAUCUCAUCAUCGAGUUCCAGAAAACACCUAAAACGGACUAGAAAGGAGAGUGGUAGAUAAGAUUUUUCUGCUUCUAAAAUCCUCCCCACAGUCUCCGACCUACCUGUGAUCAUGUCGUAUGUAACAGCGCCGAAAUAUCAGGAAGCCAUUAGAUGUGUUGCAUUUAGGUUAAUUCGCCCCAUCUAAAACAAAAGUUUGCACGCACACUAGAAUAGCACCGCACUUCCGUGAAGUAUCUACUUCAUUUGACUCCACACAGAAUACGGCCGUUCGAUUUGUCGGUAAACCGGUCUCGCAGGUAGUUCUCUGUUUUUUGUACCGUACGUUGUUGCCAUCAGGCCAUCGGGCUACUCUAAGGAAUUGUUUAAGAUUAUCUCAUCGUCUCUAUUUUAUCAUAGAACGACGUCGGUAGUGGCGGGAAGCAGCUGAAGCAAAGUACCUAUGUCCCGCACGUACCAGCUGAAACUCCUGUGAUCUUGUUCAAUUAAUCCUAGAAGUUAAAAUUGAAACCAACCAAAAAAACGACUAUCGCGCAACAACCCGCGUUCAAGCUUCAAAUGAUACAGAAGUUAACGGCAGAAAGCGUGUAGGUCAAUGUGCUUAGUGCGAGUUUUUUAACGUUCUCGUUAGCUUAAAACUUAACUCAUAUUAAAAUUUGAAUGGAAUGGGAUCGUUUGCCGCUAGGGGCGCUGUUCCAACUGCAUACUAAAUUGGGCUAACUUUUACGCUAUCGAGAACUUUAAAAAUCUCGCAGUAAGCACACAGCUUACACCUCGCCUUCAAGGGUUCCCCUCGUCGUAGCUUGCAUCAGGAUAUGGAGGGAACCUCGAAUCGUAUACUCUCAUGAAUUCUGGCUCGACGGCGACAAGUCUGUGUGGAUAGAUGAGCCUUUUUCGACGCCACCUACUUUUACAAAUUCCGAAAGGUAGCGAUACAAAAAUAUUUUCUUAUGAGAUAAUUGUAGAGUAUAAUUGACUAAAAUAGUAUUAGAUUUUUUCUCAAAUGUUGAAUAAAGGAUUCUAGGCAGACUCAUAAUAAUCUAGUGAUAUGUUGCUUGGACAAAUAGAUUUCCAUUUAUCUUUGUUACCGUGUAGAACAAAAUGUAUGAAACUUAUUUGGUGUAGGAAUUAAAGUGCAUGAUAGAUCAUAGAUUUUGUUUCUAUUUAGAAAAGAGCAUUGACCUUUUUUUUAAUUUCCUCGAUUGAAAUACCAUUUCACGACACCAUAGGCUAACUUUUAAUGAAAAAUCUUAUAAUAUACAUUUUAUUUUAAUCAAAUAUUUUUUCUCUAUGUUCAUCCUCAAAUAUCAUCAUACAUUUUCGCUGGUAACUUGGGGGAUUAUUCCAGCUUAAAAUAAAUUUUGCUAACACUAGCUCUAGCAAGAGCAAUGCUUAGCAGAUCGGAUGUCGGGUGUAAUGGCUGCUACACACGUUACGAAAAAUCGUUGCGAUCGGACGGUACAGUUUAAGCUGCACAGUUUUCGUAGUACUCCGACAUGUUACUAGAAAACUGUACGAUUGUUCAUUCGUUGAGCUAUGGCUUCGACUGACGACGCGUUAGCAGUUGUUGGUUUAUUAUUCGCUAUAAAAAAGCAAAAAGAAGAAAACAUCAAGAAAAAGAAAACACGUAUUUGGUAUAAAUAAUGGCUAAAGAAAAGAGAAGCUCAUUCCCAUGUUAAUUUAUUGAAGGAACUAAAGGUAUUUUCCUAAAUAUCGGGAUAUUUUUUUACGAAUGGAUACUGAUACUUAUUUACAUCUGCUGUCCAUGGUAUCGCCAAUAAUGAAAAAGCACUUAAUUUUCCAUAGACAAGUUUCAUUACGAUAUGUUCUAAUAUACACUGCAAUAAAUUCUUCUAGCCAGUCGCGGGACGAAGUCAUUUUACAAGCAAACGCACGAACAACCAUUCGGACCGCGAUCUACGCGAAAAUUGAAGAACGACUAGCACACACGUUACGAGAGUGCAGGCGAGUCGUUUAGUGCGGUAGGGCCCUAUAAAUAUCCUUGGGCCCGCGGUCUGCUCCCAACAUCUGCAGAUUGUCAAAUCCCACAUACCCCGCGCGCCACCUACUCGCGGGUACCCGUAGGAGGUUCGGCACCCGGCCCGAAAAAAAAUCGAGUUCUCUCAACUCGAUACCGAAACAAACAGCUCGACGAGAAGUCUCGUCGAUGAGCACGAGACUGACGGGACGGGUCUGCGUCUAUUUAGCCCUACCAAGAUGUAAUCCGUGAGGCGGUGCACUUGCUGAACCCACGAGUGUUUUGCGCGGAAUCCGAACUGUUUGUCGAUGAGAAUGCUUUUCAAGCCGAUGAAGGCGUUUGCGUAAUAGCCGUUGGUUUAAUUAGUCUCACGCUGGGUAGAGGCUGAUCGGACGGAAGCUCGCAGGUUCGUUUUUAAGUUUUCCAGGUUUGUGUAUGCUGGUAACGUCCGUUUCUUUCUACACCGCCGGAAAGAAGCAGUUGUCGUCAUAGUUGGCUUUAUUGAAACAGAUACCUUAGCUUAUUCUGUGUACGACUCAAAUGUAGUUUUGCUUUUAUUAUUAACCCAAAACAUUGUUAUAAUUUGAACUCGAAGCAUGAAAAUAAUAAUGACUUUAAUACUUGAGACUUAUCUAUCAAUAAAAGUUAUUGAUAGAUAAGUCAAUAUUAUAUUAAUUGAUAGAAUGAUGAAAGGCAUACCAUGUACAGGAUACAUUUUUUGAGGUAAUGGCUUUUCAUUAUUUAUGCCACUUAUGGCAUCAUCACCUUGAAAAUCAGUAAAAUUCUUGAUUAAUAAUAAAAAGUAACUACAGUAAAAUUUUAAAUUAGUAACAUAAAUUUUUCUAUAAUUAAAAAAAAUAAUUAAAUAACAGUGCAUAUUUUUUAAUUGUUGCCUAAUCUACUUUAUCCUACUAGGUAUAUAAUAUUAGGUAGUGAUCAAUUUGUCAUAUCUUAAUUUUAGUGAUUUUCAAACUUGUCACUGAUGUGUUGGUAUGGUUAUCGGUGUGUUUGACUAAUUGUUGAGUUACAAAUUGUACGUAAAAUCAUUUUUUGAAGUGGUUUUGAGACUUUUCUGUAUAUUUAUAUAAAAAAUACCAUUAUUUUCUUUGACUAAAAUAUGAAAUAAAGUCUCAUUCUUAGCAAUUUCUAAUAAAUGUGCUUUCUUUAAGUCUCUGUUUCCCUGAUUAUUAUAUAAUUUUACUGCGUCUGAGAUUCUACCUUCCUACCAAUCUGAUUGGCGAAGUUUGUAGUAAAUUCAUAAACUAAUUUUAAUCUAAAUUAAAGUAAACUAAAUUACCCAAAAUUCAUAAUUGUGAAGCACAUCUUCAAACACUUAAGAUAAAUCACUUAAAAUUAACCAAUCAAUGUAAAUAAGUCUGAAUAGCAAUUGAAAUGUCUUGAAAGAAACAAUAAAAGGCAAAGUCAUAGUUUUUAUGUGAUAAAUAAAUACAAAUCUAGAUGAUACUGAUUGUGUUAGAUAUUCUUCAAGUCAUCUGGUAGAUCGUUCUUAGGGUGUUUGUUCUCAAAAUGCUGUUUGUAAGUCUUAGGGUCAGGCAUCUGGGCCUGUAACAAUACAUUCACCAUGAAAUGCUGUCUGCCAGAGCUUUCACUUACACUGAAACAUAUGUUAGACAUUACCUUACAAACCACACAAACAUGGACAAGUGCCUUUUGUGCAGCUUUCUUCUGGUCGGUGGCACUGUGCCCCUGCUGUUUCUUCAUUUUGGACAUCUUUUCCGCAGCUUUAGCUUGUGACUGAAUUUUCUGGUGUCCGCGAGCCAUUGUGUACUGCUGAAGUUGAACUUCGUUAAAUUUUCUAUGACAGCCCAGAGGUUAGAUGUCAAGAGAAUACGGGAACUCCGUAAAUUUAAUCCAGCUGUGGUAAUGUAUACGAUUUUUCUUUAAUUACCAAGAAGUUGACGUGAAAUAAUUCAAAUUUCGACGUCAACAAAGAAACUAAUCGUGGACAAGGCAACAUACCUCAGAAAACGUCGUCUUAUAAACUAAUACGAAUUACAGCAAAGUGAAGCACUUAGGUUAUUAUUCUUUUUGACAGAUUUCCUAAUUAUUACUAAACUGUAAAAAAUGUUUUAUGUAGUAAAUUCGGUUUUAAAUUUAAUAUUCUUUAAAAUAUUACACUGUGAUACACAAUACCAUAGAUUAUCACGUUCAAAUAUUAGUGAAUUUAAGUGUAUUAUCUAUGAUCAUGUUAUCCGAUUCAAAUACGAGACACAUCACACGGCUAAUAAUGACAGGGCACACUGAAUUUGGCCUCCCUUUUGUUUGUUUGUUCGUCUUUUAUUUAUUUAUAAUUAAUUAAACAAAUGAUCAAUUAUCGUUUGUUCGACGACUACUGAUGAUUGUUUGAUCAUAAAAACAAUUAAAUUCCCAAUUAUUAAUUAUUUUAUAUCUAAUAAGCAAACUAUCACCUCACGCUUACAUUGCGCAUGCGCCGGUUUUAACACGUCAGCUGGCAAUGGCCGUAUUUACUAGCGUUUUGUUAACCAAGAAAUCAAAAUAAAAUAUUGUGCGCGUGCAACUUGAUGCACGUGAAAGAAGUGGAGCUUAUCGCAUAUUAUGCAAGAUCGCUCUUAGCGAUAAGACCGCCAAUUGUACUUUUUUGUGUUUAAUGUAUCGCACUGUUUAUUUGUUUUUUGGUGUACAAUAAAGAAUACUCUCUCUCUUAUUUUGCGGUGUGUAGUAUAACGGUUCUCUUAAGUUUUCAUCCUUAAAUAAAAUUUCUCUUGUAAUAGGGAAUUACGUGUAUAAAGAAACAACAUCUUCACCAUUUAUUUAUAUUAUGUUAAGUUAUAUAUAGGAAUUUUUUUUAUUAAAAAGUUUUCAUUAAAAUUAAAAUAAGAUUGGACCUAAAGGUCUUAGUACCAGAUCAUAAAAUCCCUUUAAAAAAAAGUAAUUUUAGAUCUAUUAGGAGUGGGAGGUGAAUGAAGUUAGCCCCUCAAAAAAUUUUUUUUUUCCUGUUUUCUACUUAUUUUCUAUUAAUUCGUUUGUUCAUCAUUUGUUCUUGAUUGUUCAUUGUUAAUAAUUGUUUGUUCUCCAUUUAUUUAUUUUAAAAAAAAUAUUAAAAAUAUAUCUAAAAGUUAGCCCCUCGAUUGCAAUUUUUAAUAUUUUUUCGUCCUUAAUUACUCGUAAAUAUUCAUUUUCGAUUGUUCUUAUAUAAAAUACGUUUGUUCUCUUUCGAAAUUACUCAUUUUUUGUUUAAUUAAUUGUAUUAGUUGAAUAAAUGUAUACAAAAUAUGUGUACUGCGCAUGCCAUAAGUGUAUAUUCUAUGGCGCAUGCGUCAACUAUAAUCAUAGAUUAUACACUUAAUAUAUACUAUAAUGCCUAAACUUUCUACGCGGUUUUAAUCGUGAAAAAAAAAACAAUUAUAAAUCCUGAAGGAUCAAUUAAUUGGUAUACAGUUUAAUUAAAAAAAUUAAAAAAUAAAUAAAUAAAAUAAUGUGCAUUCGCGUAAAGUUAGCCCAAAUACAUUUUUUCCAUCCUCCUAUAUACCUAUCGCUAUGAAGGUAUAAAAAAGAUAGGUUAAGAGCUCACAUAGGUAAUAUAAACAAAUAAGUAAAUAUGUUCAUUAUUUAUCUUUCAAGAGAUAAUGUAUGUAUACAUUAUAAUAACAUUUUGACACAGUCGAAAUUAUAUUCCUAACAUUAGUAAAAUAACAUUUUAAUAUUUUUUUUAUAGGUUAUGUAUUGAAAUUGUUGGAAAAUUAUUUCAUGUUUUAGCUGGAAAACUACAUGGAGAAUUAUAUGCAAUACAAGAUAAUGAGCUCCAUCAAAUGAAUUCGAAUGAAACCAAACUGUUUACCAUCCAAAUUCGAUUGUCGGGCAGAUAGAAAACGAAAAUUCACUCAUAGUGAACCUCGGCCUGCAUUUGUGAAACGGCAAAGACUCACUAUUAUCAAGGAAAUUGAAGAGACGACUAAAAAUGAGAUGUGUCGUAUUAUUAUACCUUGGCAUCUUGUAGUCAAGGUAGGUGUAACUGUCAAUAAUUAGUUACACUCACAGAUCUCCUAAUCAAAUAACAAUAUCAGAAAAAAUGAGAAUAGUUAGUUAGUUAGUGGAAGUAGCCAAAAUGGGCAAGUGGAUCUCAGUUCCUAUUACAUAAGGUACUAGGAAGUUUGUGAAAAUGAAAAUUUAUCACAGUGUAAUAUCACUUACUUACUUUAACAGUGAAGGAAAACAUUGUGAUGAAACCUGCACACCUAAAUGUUCUUAGGAUUUUCUUAGGUGUGUAAUCCACCAACCAGCACUAGGCCAGCGUGGUGGACUAAGGCCUAAAAACCCUCUCAAUGGUAGUGAAGGCCAGUGUCCAGCAAGGGGAUAUAUUAUAUGGGCUGAUGAUGAUGACUAGGAAGUUAAAUACUACUACUACUACUACGACAGUACACAUAUAAUCCUAUAUAUUUACAAACUAUACGUUUGUUGGAAAUUGCUAACAUUAUUUCAUAUUUCCAGCUGUCCAGCCACUUGAAAAUAGGUGUAGUAAUGACAAAGCUAUCCAAGUAGCUCCAGCACAGGAACACAAAGGCAAGGCGAGUGUGUAUUGCCACAUCACCCCUUAAUAUAUCUGAAGCAAGUAUAAGUAAACAAUCAGAACCAGCAAAAAAAAAACUGUUGUUCCUGAGGACAAAUUUGACAGUGAUGAGUCAAAUGCACCAGCAACAGAAGGAUCAACUGUUGACUAUGAGUUAUCUCUCUAUAUCUCCACUCCAUCAAAGACUUGUGCACUUCAGACUAUAGCUCUCAAGAAGACUAAAAAGUUGAAAAAAUGAAUGUGUUAACAACUUUAUCUAAAGUGAAAAAUAAACAACGUUUAUAUAUUGGUCUUCCACAAGAAUUAUGUUUCAUAAUAGGCUUGAUUGAGAAACAUACAAAUGUUUCUGAACAAAAUAUUAUAUUAUGUCUAAUGAGAAUAACAUUAAAUAGAACAUUCUCUCAAUUGGCUGAUGAUUUCGAUUUAUCUGUAAGUCAAGCAAGCAAUAUAUUUUUCAACAAACUCCCAGAAAUUGCAAAUGUAAUAUCACCCCUUGUUAGACUAUAAAAAAAACAAUACAAUAAAUAUAUAUGCAGGAAGGAUAAUUGAUGUCAACUUGGUGGAAAAUAGAAGGUUUUUAGAUAGUUUGCCACCUACAAAACUCUUUAAUUAAAUAAGUAAUCCUUACUUAUAAAUAGGAAGUUUUGUAAGUAUUUUCACUCUUCAUUCUAAAACUACUGAACAGAUUUUAAUAAGACUUUUAUGCUGGUCUUCUAUGGCUAGCAACUCAUUAUUAUUUUGAUUCUGUUUUCCACAAAUGUGCUAAAUAUGGGCUUAUAUAUAUGAAAAGGAAUAAAUAUUAAUGUUAUGUAACCUUUGUACCUGUAUGUUAAGAAUAAUUUUUAAUAAAACAUAAUUUAAAUUGAAA